AGAAGAAGAAGAAGAAUCUUUCCCCUCCGUUAGGGAAGUGUUUUGUUGUUGAAUUUUUGUAAAAUGGUUGACUUAUGUCAAGCUGAGUUUAUGAAUUCAGUUAUACUGUUCAAUAGUUUAUUUUGAUCGCUUGUGCUUCAUAUCUUUUUCUGCAGCUAGUUAGCUAGCAACUGCUGGCUAAUGACAGCUACAGUGUAGUGUUUAUAGGACUAGCAAGCUAACGCUACUUUCCCCAGUAACAAGCACACAGACAUAUGAAUAUAAUAAUCACUUCGUGGGUGAGUGGACGGUUAAAAAAAAUAUAAUAAUUAAACUCUUGUUACGCGAUCAUUUUCGAAAUGUAAAGCAUUUCUUUUACGCUAGCUAAAUACAUACAGUUUUCAAAUCAAGAUGUCAGUGGAGCUUGACGUAUUUGUGGGAAAUACUACCAUCAUGGACAAGGAGGUGUACCAGUUAUGGCUUAAUGGAUAUACAGUGAAUGAUGCAGUAAAGGUGAGGAUAGACGGAGGUGUGAUGGAAGAAUGUGAGACCAGUGCUGACGUCCUCCUCAGUGACACCAUGGACCAGUUUCGAACCUUCCAGAUGUGUGAGAGGCUUCUGCAAAAUCCAGCGAAAUUAGCUAAUCAGCUUCUCUUCCAGAUACCGCCAGAUCGACAAGCCAUGCUGAUUGAAAGAUAUUAUGCAUUUGAUGAUGCCUUUGCUCGUGAGGUCCUUGGAAAGAAACUCUCCAAAGGGACAAAAAAAGACCUGGAUGAUGUUAGUGCAAAAACUGGCAUUACACUGAAGAGUUGCAGGCGACAGUUUGACAACUUCAAGCGGGUGUUUAAAGUGGUGGAAGAACUCAAAGGCCCCCUGGUGGAAAACAUAAGGCAGCACUUUCUGCUGUCUGACCAGCUGGCGAGGGAUUAUGCGGCCGUUGUGUUCUUUGCCAAUAAUCGUUUUGAAACGGGGAAGAAGAAGCUUCAGUAUCUCACUUUUCAGGACUUUGCCUUCUGUGCUGGGCAGCUUAUCAAUAAUUGGACAGUUGGAGCUGUGGACAACAUGGUCGAGGACAUGGAUGUGGAUUUAGACAAAGAGUUCCUUCAAGACCUCAAAGAUCUAAAAAUGUUAAUCACAGACAAGGAUCUUUUGGACCAGCACAAAAGUCUAGUAUGUGUAGCUCUGCGAGGAAAGACCAAAGUCUUCAAUGAGAUGGAGGCCAAUUUUAAGAACCUCUCCAGAGGCCUUGUGAACAUUGCUGCCAAGUUAACGAACACAAAAGAUGUGCGUGAUUUCUUCAUUGAUCUUGUAGAAAAGUUUAUUGAGCCUUGCAGGUCGGAAAAAUGGACAUCGACAGACGUCAACCUCUACCUCACCCACUACACAAACUCGGCACACAUACUAGACAGUUUCAAGCACCAGACUGUCUGGAAUAGGUAUAUGGGAGUUAUUAAAAGCUGCAUCCUCAGAAUGUAUCACGAAUGAAGAAUAACAGUUCUUUGUUGUUUCUUUCUCUCCUCUUCACCCUUAAUCAAAACUGCUUUGGACUCAUCCCAACCCAGCUCACAGUCUGACCGUGUCGUUCUUUAAAUCCCCAUGUUUUCCAUCAUUUUUCUCCUCUAAUCCUUACCCAAAUAUCUCCAACAGCUGGCCAUCUCCUGGACUCCCUCCUCCCACUUCCCCUCUUUCCUUUAUCCUCUGUUCAGUUCUUCAACCAUUGGCCACUGUCACUCCCACGAUGACUUGUAAAUAAACAGAGUAUGCUAUGGGUUUUCCCUA